GAUUAAGUGUCUAUUCGCGAAGGAUAGUUUUCGCGCGAAUUUUCAGGUGUUACGAUUGUUGUUGGGUGCCGCCGCCGCUACCGCGGCGCAACAUUGCACUUUCAAACUUUCGAUCGAUUUGUAGCCGAUGCAAAGAACGUAAAGCAAAACGGGCAUCGCGUACGGCUUGUCCUCCAACGCGACUUUUAUCAUGCUUCUCGAUGAUCGUUCGAUUCCGCUUUAGAACGACAUACCGUUUCUGUGAAAACGUUCGAAAACGUAACCGGGUAUCACACCGCAUAUAAAUCGAUAUAUACAUACUAGUGUGUGUACAUAGGCGUGUUUGUGUACGUGACGCUUAAACGUAGGUGUAUAUACAGGAUAAUUAAAUAUUCCUUUGAAAUGUGGUUACGAAGUGAACAUGUUGGUAGAAGACUGCGUGGUCGUUUUACUUUAAGCACUGUACCCAGAUCCAAAGUUUCCAACCAUCGAGUACAAGUUGGCAGUUUGCGAAAACUUCCAUCUAUCAGUAAUAAUAACCAUCGCAUUAACUCGCCAAACAAAUGUGGCAGGCUAACACGUUGGAGGCAUAGAUGCACACAUUUUUUGAAAGAGGCUUGUAAAGAAAAUGUUUUACAUUUUGCGAAGUCUGCGCCUAUUAGACGAGAGAGAGGACCUCGUAGAAGAAAAUGCAUAAAACGGUCAAUGGUUACUUCAACUCCAUUACAUCGAUCAUCUGCAAAAGAUGCAAUUCCUCCAUCAAAAUGCACAACAGUAUCUAAAGUUACUGACGAUUCUAAAGAAAACUGGAAUACAACUAUUUUAUCUCUAUACUCAUCCAUAUUAAAUACAGAUUCAUGUUGUUCCUCCAUAUCUACUAUAAAUGACUUUAAGCCUUCCAUUCCGAACGUAUCACCCUUGACAAAUCUAAUGCCUCCAGCAUCUAUAGGAUCGCAUUCAGACCUUUCAUAUGUAUUAGACAAUGAAGAUCCUAAGAAUAAUGAUACCAGUUCACUGUAUUAUUCUGCUUCCUCCUGCACAGAAACAGAAACAUCCGAAGAAUGCUAUAGUUUAAUACAUUCUACAUCCAUGUAUGGAGCUCGUGCUUUCUUACCAGAAAAGCAUUUUUUAAGUGGAAAAUACGCACUUUGCAACAAUAAUGAAAAUAACAGUAGUUUAUCGAAAAAUCAAUAUUCUCUUGACAGUCAUUCAUCAAAAUAUGAAUCAAGUUUUACUACUACAAAGUACAGUACAUCAACCAUGUACAGCAUAAGUCAUCACCAUUCACCUGAUACCAAUGGAAAUGUUACUGAAAAAUAUAAUUCCGAUGACAUUGUUAGCGAUUACCACAAUGUUGAAUACAUGGAAGUUGGUAGCGAAGAAAUAGUAGAAAGUUGUGAUGUGGAAAAUAUGGUUACUCAUGUGCAAGAAGACUGGGAACCAUUCGACCCGUAUGUCUUCAUUAAGCACUUACCACCUUUAACUCCAGCAAUGAGAGCCAGAUGUCCUGCUCUUCCACUCAAAACACGUAGCAGUCCAGAAUUCAGUCUAGUAUUAGAUUUGGAUGAAACGUUAGUUCACUGCAGUUUACAAGAACUUUCGGAUGCUGCAUUUCGUUUUCCAGUCGUCUUUCAAGAUGUAACGUACACAGUGUUCGUCAGAACACGGCCAUAUUUUCGUGAAUUUUUAGAACAUGUUUCGUCACUGUAUGAAGUAAUUCUUUUUACCGCGAGUAAACGAGUUUACGCCAACAAAUUAAUGAAUCUGUUAGAUCCUACAAGGAAGUUGAUUAAAUACCGUCUGUUCAGAGAACACUGUGUUUGCGUUAAUGGAAACUAUAUAAAGGAUCUGUCUAUAUUGGGUAGAGAUUUAUCUAAAACUGUUAUUAUUGAUAAUAGUCCGCAAGCAUUUGGAUACCAGUUGGAAAAUGGUAUCCCAAUAGAAAGUUGGUUUGCUGAUCGUUCAGAUAAUGAAUUAAUGAAGUUGUUACCUUUUUUAGAAAACUUAGUAAACUGGGGAGGGGACGUUAGGCCACGCAUUAGAGAACAGUUUCGACUUUUUAGUUUUUUACCACCAGAUUAAUUUAAGUAGUAAGCACAAAAUUAAUGUGGAAGUACCAGCUUACGUCGGUAUAUACAUGUAUGUAUAUCUUAAAAAUAUUGAGUAGAUAAAUGUAAGAUAUUAAUACAAAGCGUGCAAUAAUACACGCCAAAAAAAAAAAAAAUGAUAUAAUUUGCAAUAAUAUCUUAUUAAUAAGUAUGUCCGGUGAAGAAAUAUAAAAAUGAUUCAAGUCCAAAACACAAACUACUUAUGUAAACGUUUACAUUACUGUUCAACUGUAAUUUUCAUGAAAUUUCAAGUAAAGUUCAUUUAUCGAUUAAACGUAUCAAAUUUUGUAUUGCAUUGUAUUCUAGAUCGUAUUCACUUCAAAAAAAAUUUGUCUACACAUGCACAAAUAACGUUUUCUUAAAUUGAUUUUGUUCUAAGAUAAGUUUUAAAAUAUAAAAGUGCAUUUGAAGAUUAAGGUUUUAAUGCAUAAAAAUUGAAAAAAUUAUUGUGAAGAAGUAUCACAAUAUAGUAAGUAUUAGAAUGUACAUCUAUGAAACUUUGGGCAGGUACCAAUUAAUUGAAACGAUAUCUAAUAAAAAAGUUUGUAAUUUACAUACAGACCAAUCGAAAUUUAAUAUUAAUAACUAUUAGAGCGUUACGCGGGUAAAUACAGCGCAUACCGUUUUAUGUGAAAUUGUUUAAAAAUUGAUUUGAAAAACACACAAAGCACUUAAUGCAUUUAUCUAUUUACAAGCGUAACUUAAGAAAGCUAAUGCUCGCGAUGUGAAAUUAUUGCAAUAGAUUACAAACAAAAAACAAUAAAGUUCAUCGGAUGUAAAGCAAAUAUACUCGUAGAAUAGAUACAAAUAAAAAAAACGAACAUAGAGCAAAUUUCCAGGUACAUGUAAUUUCUGAUCGCACAACGUUUUUAUUUUUACGCAUAGUACAUACAUAGCGAAAAUAAAGUCACAUCUACA